AUGACAGCACUGUUUGAGUUCAUUGAGAUAUUGGCAAUCAUCUCAUACUCUAUACUUGGCUGUAUAUGUGUAUUCUCCUUCGUCAAAUCAUUCAAGAGGAGGGAGCUGGCUGUCACCUCUAGGCUCUUCCAUUCAUUCAUCUUCUUAUUUGUAACAUUCCGCAUAGUAUGGUACACUCUUAAACUGGUCUAUGGUGAGACAUCAUUCACCUUUGUCUUUAACAAUAUGUCAUUCAUAUUCUAUAUGUCUGGCCUGAUCGUGUUGGUGUUCUAUUGGAUGGAGACAUACUAUAGGACCUAUUUCUCAUCGGCCGAGUUCACAUCUUCAAGUGCUUUGAAGACUGGUUACAUCGUUGCCAAUGUCAUCAUGUACACUGUACAGUUCAUUCUUAUCAUUGUAUUCUACACAUCAAACCAUGCCAAGAAGGAAGGUAGCAAGGUCUAUCUAGUCAACACCCUAUACCAAGUAUUGUUAUCCGCACUGAUUGGAUUGCUAUUCGUGGUCAUUAUGGUACAGACUUACGCAAAGUACAAGUCAAUCGAUAAGGAUAUUGGAAGUGGAGAGUUAAAGAACCAGUUGCGCAAGAUGUUACUGCUCUCUGCCACAUUCUGUUUAUGUUUCCUCAUCAGGAUUGUUAUCUUCUUGUACAAUCCAAUCACUGGAGAGUAUAUGAAUCAAGAGUUAUUCAUAACAAUGGGCUACUUCAUUCCUGAUAUCAUUCCAACAUUGAUGCAACUCUAUAUUUGGCAUCAGAAGAUGCAGGCAACAGAUGACAGCGCAGAGUUUGUCAACAACCUUUACGAGAAUGAGAUGGAUGAGGAGACUCCUCCAACACGACCCAUUAUCGCUGGAAUCAGCAAUGGCAACGGCAAUGGCAAUGGCAAUGACUUGUACGAACAAUCAUCGUCUAUUGGCGCAGUGAUCACCUCAAAGAGUGAACGAUCACCUCUCUUCCCAAGAUACGACAACUACUAG